ACACAACGGGGUAGCAGUUGCCCUUCAGCAAAUCGAGACAGCGCACUGUACAGCACGUCAUCUAAUGCAGGCCCGUGUAACAAGAUAGCUACGGAUUCCCCCCAAAAUCUGCACAUAAUUGUCCAGUUACACGUUCGGUGGUGAAGAUAUGGCGGCCAAGCUUUUACCGGUUGUGAAGUUGGCCACCAAGGUGACCGUCGCGGGAGGGGCUCUUUAUGUAGCCUACGACUCAGGUCUACUCGGAGGCAGCGCGCAAGGCUCCGAGGUUCUCAGCAAGGCUAAGGCAGCUAUCCCUCCUGCCGUAGACGAGUGGAUGAAGUACUUUGGCCUGGAGCUCCCAGCUAUUCCGAAGGUCGCUUUCGCCCCGGUUGAAUCCUGGAACUCCGGUGUACGCGCCUCCAUCUCCUUCCUGUCCCUUGCGCCCACAAGAGCAGGAGAGAUCAGCAGCCAGAGCGUGCAGUACCUGAAGAACCUGACCAAAUAAUAUCGUCUCCUGGCAACAUCACCCCGCGUAGGAAUCACAUAAUAUUAACGAUCUCAAAGCCUGGCAGGAAGCAAUAUGACUUGCCCUGAAAAUAAUGCCAAACCCAGAAAGAUUUCCACACCAUAAAGAAGCAUCGUAAUGAUUUAAGUGCUUACAGCAGUUACUAAACUGGAUGCAGGACACACUGAAUGCUAUGUAACUGUCUACCAGAGAAGAAAAUUUGCAUUGAAGUGAUUAGAUUGUUUGGGAAAGUCAUCCAGUGUCCAGUCAGACACAGCAAGAGCCCUCCUUAAACAAGCUCACCCUAGUGUGGGCUUGUGUUUAAAAAUAUUUGUAUUCAUCUCCUGAACUCUAACAUAUUUAGUUUGUUCUUGCUUUAGCCAGAGCCCAAAACUCAACAAUUCACCUAUUUUAUACACAAAUAAUGUCUGUUUUGUAUAUAUAAUUAAUUCACCAUGACUGUAAAAUAAACCCUAAAUGUGUUAUGUA